AGGCCCUGCACCACGUAUAAGCAUGCCUGGCACAGCUGAUGCCUCUAAUCCCCUGGGAGAUUCCAACCAGCCCAGAGCUUCAGUAGAUCCCUAUGCAUUUCCACCAAACACGCCACAGACUCAAGCACAGCAAGAUGAUCCAUUUAUAUCUCCUGGGCCGCUGACCCCUGAUCCUUUCAACCCUGGCAGACAGAGAGGGGAUAUGUAUCCUGGGGGUUCUCCUCAGAUGAGACCCCCAUUGACUCCCACAUCCAUUGGUCCUGGACAGGGGUCACCAUACCCUGGUUCUCCCGUAAGAAUGUCAGAUCCAACAUUCAGGUGAAUAUUGAAACAUUAAUUAAAAAAAAAACAACUCUCCACCUCUUAGAUUUUUAAUCACUAAAAAUAAUGUCUGUCAAAUUUGAAAAUUGUAGUUUUGAAAUAAUGUUACUUGCAUGAACUUCAUCCCCACAAGAAAUAUGACAGAAAAAAUUAAACAUACCUUCACUUAAAUUCAUUAGACACCCCCUGGUUAGAUCCAACAGUCUGCCAGAUCCUUACAACAUGCAAAUGGGCACCCCUCGGCCACAAAUGGACCAGCCUAUGCAUCACCCCAUGGGAGAAGUGGGCCCUGACACUAUGCAGAUGUUCCGAGGGGGGAGGAUGCCCAUGCAACUAUCAGAGGUAAGAGUCUUUAAAGUUUCAAGAUUUUAUAUUAUCUCUUUUCAUUUGUUCACAUCUCAUGUCCUAAAAGGAAGUUGCCCAUAAUAACUUUGUUCGAAGAAAAAAAAUUUCUAGUGGGGGAUAUGUACGCAUGACUGCAGGGGCAUGUCAUUAUAUUGAAUUGUAGCAAAUACUUAUGUUUAAGUCGGUGAGGAUAAAAAAAAAAUUAGUUUCAAGGUUGCUGAAUGAUGGGCAUAAUCCUAACAUGUUCAGUUUUUAUGAAAUCAAAAUAUGAAAACAAAUAACUAGCAAAGCAAAAGUAUUAGCAUAUGUCUGUUGUUCUUUUUUUUUUUUUUUUUUACAUCUGGUUUUAAUCACAUGGGCUAUUUUGUAGAUCACACCUAUAGUUUAUUUAUCAGGCCUUUAAAUUGGUAGAGUUUUGAAUAAUUUUUUGAAAAAAAUAUCAUUUACUUAUUUUUUUUUUUUUUUUUUUUUUUUUUUACAUCUGGUUAUAAUCACAUGGGCUAUAUUGUAGAUCACACCUAUAGUUUAUUUAUCAGGCCUUUAAAUUGGUAGAGUUUUGAAUAAUUGUUUGAAAAAAAUAUCAUUUACUUUAAAGUAAAAUUUUCACUAAAAGUUCCACUAAUUUUUUUUGUCUAGAGGCUAAUUUAGAUAAGCCUUAUACAGUUUAUUGGUCUGAUAACUUUGCCAUUUCAUUUUAUUUUCUUAAAAUUUGAAUGUAAUUCUUUUCUCAAUGCUUUAGUGUUUAUUUAAUGGCAUACCUCUAUUUUGAAAAAAAAAAGAAGAAAAAGAUACAUUUACUUGCUUUUGUAGUCUUUUUUUUUCUCCCCCCUAUUGUUAAACAGAUCUUAAGCCAGUCUAGUUGUCCUAUCUCUCAUUUUUUAAGUAUAUGUAAUAUGUAAUGUUGUUGUUACAUUUAAACAAAUGUUUUUUAAAUUAUUUUUUUUAUUGGAGCUCCAUGUGCUCCAGUAUUUUUCUAAACCUUCAUCUCAAAUGAGCCGAGAAAUUAACAGUUUUAAUAAUUAGGUUUUGUCAAAGUUAGCAUUACUCAAUUCGCUUCAUAUUUUGCACUGCAUGUAAACAAGUAUUAACAGAAGAAACAUUAAGGAGCCCUAGAACAUGUAUUCUGGAAGAACCCCAUGAGUUGUAUCAGUAGUUUCAGAAAUAAUAAAACCCAAGUGAAUUGGCUAGUACUAGAUUUAGAAUUUGUGCUGAGCUGUAACCAAUGUUUUACACACUAUAACAAUAUUUACUGCUACAAAAAGUACAAAUCUAAUGACUGAAUGUUUACUACUAGGCUUGCUGUUUGUGUGUGUGACCUAACAUCAAGUCAGAUGAACAGUCAUCUGAAUUGAUUGUUGCCUUGAAUGAGAAUGCUUCUUUGUUGGUUUUUUUUCUUCCUGAUAAUUUCUUUUUAUACUAGAUUUUGUCUAGCAGGAACUUUUUCUAGAAGAUUAAAAUGUCAGUAGAGUAGAUUAAUUACAUACAUAUAAUUAUUUUUAUAAGUUAAAAAAAAAGGGGGGUUUUAGAUUUAAAAAGCACAAUUUAUUAUAGGUAACUUGACCUUAUUGAAUGAUCCUUUUACAACUACUAUUUAAAUAAUUCCCUUCAAAGGUUUUCAAAAGUUGCUAUUAAAUCCUAACUGGUUAUGCAAAUAUUGGAAAUGUUUUCUUAUGAUUCCCAGCUGCGUGUGAGAAAUUACUUGGCCAAUUUGGAUUGUAAAAGCGUGGCUCUUGAAAGUAAAGAAAAAAGUUAUUUUGCAAGUGCAAAUUCAAGAAUUUUUAAUUUCACUUUAUUUAUUCAAGAAAUGUGUUACAUUUAAUGAACUAAUGUUUUUUCAUGGUUGAUUUGUUACUUCUUCCGAGUGUUAGAAAGGAGAUGAUCAAAGUUCACUGGGGUCUCAAAUUGAAGCUAUCAGAUAGGCAAUCAAGAUGAUAAUGUAACGUCCUACCACUCGGAAUACCCCACAUAAGAACUUUAUAGUAGCUCUCAAAUAUUACAGUAUGUAGCACCGAUCAUUUUGGGGGCAAUAGAAUAAAGCUGGGAGGACCCAUUAAACUGGAGGCCUCAUUGAGUUUGAGAUGCCUACUGUAGACAUUGAGGGAAAAAGUCCAAGUUCCAUAUUCUUAACAAAAAAAAAAAUCUUUAAGUUGAAAACUUGAAUAGAUCUAUUAAAAAAUUAAAACCUUUCAUUUAGCUUAUUGCAUUCAUUGUUAAAAAAAAGUUUGUUAAAAUUUUGUUAGUGGAAUAUAGGAGUAAUAAGUUAUAAGAAAUUCUGAUAACUCACGUUCCAGAAAUAUUAGGCAUUUUUUAAACUGCACGACAAGCUUAUAACAAAAAGCAACAGCACCCAACACGUUUUUUUCUCACAUUUUUACAUUUUGUUUGUGGUGAUUUCCUUAAUGCUCUUAUUAAAUCGUACUUUUUCUAUCUUUCAACUUUCUUUUUUUUUUUUUUUUCAUUCUCUUUCUCUAUCUGUUUUUUUGUUUUUUUACUAAUAUUAUUUCUAUAUAAACAUCUGUGUUUUUGUUACUCACCACUUUGCCUUAGCAUCAGAAUUUUUUUUUCUCUUUUUUUUUUUUUUUUUUUGUUGUUUUCCUUAAUGCUCUUAUUAACUCUUCCUUUUUCUUUCUUUCCUCUUUCUUUUUUUUUUUUUUUUCAUUCUCUUUCUCUAUCUGUUCUUUUGUUUGUUUACUAAUAUUAUAUCUAUAUAAACAUCUGUGUGUUUGUUACUCACCACUUUGCCUUAGCAUCAGAGGCCUAUUGAGAUGGCCCUCAGGCGUAACAAUCUAUUACCUCGGUCGCCAUGGGCUUUCCCUUUCAUGCUUAACUACCCGGUAAGUCUGUGGCACCCAAAACCCAGCUAACCCUUUAACCUUUGACCCACGAACUCCUGAACCUGACAUGUAACAACCUUGACCAAUAAGUUAAACAAAAUAAUCUGUGCUUGCCUUAUUUACUCAAUUUAUGCUUAACCAGUCUUUUUUUACUUUUUUUUUUUGUGUGUGUGAUUAGUUAACCUCUUUUAAGAGAGUGAAAAAGUCACAGAAAAAUGUCAUCUAUUAAUGCAUGGGUUGGCAUUUUUAAUUUUUUAUUUAUGUAAUGGGUCUUAAAUUGUUUUAAAUUUAACCCUGGCACUGUAAUCCAUUAUAUUUUUCAUUAAAUACUUAAUGUGAUCAAAUUGUAUAAAUAUAGCACUUUCAGUUUAAUUAAUGUAAAUCAGCUUUUUUGGAGUUGUGACUAUCAUUAAAUUUUGAGAAUUAAAACCCUUCGAAGACUUUGCCAAGAAAUAUUUAAGAAAUGUAUGUUAACAAAAAUAGAAUUUUUAACAAAUUUUAAAAAGUAAAAUCUCUGAUGAUAAUUUCCAAAUACAUAUGUAGGCCUAAGGUUGAUUAUAUAAAAGGAUUGGAUAAGUAACUCCAAUGUCAGCAUUGUACAUGCUAAUAACUUCUGGCAUGCUUUUCAGGACUACGACAUUGUCAUAUUGCUUAUGGGAAAUCUCAUACCCAACCCCUCCCUCACAAACACACACAAACACUAUCCCACAUAAAUCUUUAAUCUCUGCAAUUUGUUUGGACAGUUCUUGUUAGUAUCUCUAUUCAGUUCCCACAAACUAUAUGUUUCACUGGUAUAUAAUAUAUGCUUUGAUUAUACUGCAUGGCUAAUGUUUGGGGGGAAAAGGAUGACAUAUCAGUUAAAGAAAGACAAAGCAUACCUCUUAAGGAUUGAAAAAAAUUUAGUUUAUUUUAGAAGAAAAAAAAAAGAAUUUCUAGAUUGUAAAUUCCUUUUAAAAUAGAUGGAAGAACUAACAUUAAAACAUUUAACUGUUACAUAUUUCAUAAACUUUAUCUUUUGAAACAUUCUAUGCAUUUGGUUUUUAAAAUGUAACUAUAAAUUAUUAAAGUCACCAUAGAGGUAUCUGAGAUAAGAAAUAAUUGGAAAUGAUUACUCCUUAUCAAAAUGUCAAGUUCAAUUAAUUUGAAAAAAUGUAUCUGGACUUUGUUAGAAAAAAAAAAAUAAAACAUUGAAGAAUAAAUAAGUUGGGUUUUGGUCUAAAUUUCCCAUCUGGCCGGGAAGGUGAAAAUGACCGAGUUAUAAGUUCCUUUCUGCUCAUAAGUAAUGCCAACUCUAAGUGUCUACUUGCAAUUUGUUUCUCCCUUUAUACCAACUUGAACUGCCAACCCUUUCAUAUCUAAUUACAGAGUGGGGAAACUUAAAAUGAAAUUCAUUUGUAUAGUUAGCGGCUGCUAGGGAUGGGAGACUCAAAAUCAGAACACUUUUACCAUUUUUGUAUAUGAAGAUAAAAGUAAUAAAAUGUAUCAGUUAAAGUGUUGAUGAGAAGAAGUUUGGAUUACAAUAAAGCUAAAUGAUAUCAACUAAAAUGUUUUGAAGUAUCAUGAUGCUUUUCUGGCGAUAAAACAAAACCAAAGAAUGAUUUGGCUAAAAGAUUUUUUCCAGCCUUUGUGUUUUUUUAAGUUAUUUAAAAUGUUGCUAAUUGCUCAUUUUGAAAAAAGUUUUUUUUAUUAUAUGUUUCAAAAAUAAUCUGGUAAAGUUAAAACAUUCUUUUCUUUUGUUUUGUUUAGAAAAUAAAAGCUUUUUCCUUAAUUCAUAAUGGGAUGAUUUUUUCUCUGUAUAGUUAUCAUGGAAAAGGUCUCAAUGGCCACCAUAUUUAAGGUGCCAAGAAAAAUUUUCAUUAACCCCUGGUAUUGUGGCAAUCAGUGCAUACAGAUCUCAACUCCCUCUAAAUGAUUGUUACCUUUGCAGCUUUUAUUAACACUGCAUGAAUGUUCCUAAUGGUAUGAGAUGAAUGUCAUUAGAAUAUCUUGCAUGGGGUUAUUUCAUCUUGUGCCUUGCUAACAUUGAGAUCCCUUUACCUCUCCUCCCUCCCUCCCCCCUGCAUAUAUAUAUAUUGUAUUUAUCUUGAUGCAUCUUGCAUGUUCUAAGGCUGAUCGGUUAAUUUUAGAUUUAAAAAAGAAAUCCUGGCUUUGCUUUGGAAUUUUUAAAAGUUAUAUUUAUCUUUGAGGUAUAUUAUUAAACAUUGGAACAUUGUUUCAAAAGUAACAUUUUUUGGGGAAUAAGUGCGUGGCAAUAAUUUCAGACCACUUAUAGAGAAUGAUUUCAUGUGGUUGAUAUUCCUUAAUAAUCAUUUGAAGAGUUCUAAACCUAAAAUUAUAUAAAUUGCCUUAUAACCCAAAAAGUUUUUUUUUUAAAUAAUCAAUAAAGAACUAGUGACAAAUAUUUCACUGUUUGCAUUACCUGUGUUUGUGUGUUAAUUUCCCUCAAUUUCAAAUUACAUUGAAACUUUCUUUUUAAACAAAAAUUAUGUUUAUAAUUGUUACAAGAAAUUACUUUUCAUCCAUUUGUGUUUUGUGAGGAAUGGUAAAGGCUGGCUCAUUAGAAAAAAGAAAGAAUAACAUAGUUCAUCUUCAAUCAAAAUAUUCAUCCAAGAAAAAAAAAGAACUGUUUUAACAAUACCAUUUUAUAGAAAAAAAUUAUCUUUGUUUUUCACCUGUCUUAACCUAUUUAACAUACACAGAAAAACGACUGGUCAUUUUUAAAUUUUUAAUUUAAAAAGAAGAAUUAAAUACAAAUUUAAUAAAAGAAUUCAAAUUUUAAAAAAAAAAUGUUGUGUUGUAAAACAACUAUCAUAUUUACCAGCCUUUUUUCAGAAAUUGCUUUCUGUUUUUCAUUCUUAUAGGAUGGAGGUGAGAAUCCAGGUAACAUACAUCAUCAGCAGUUACGGGUGAUCUUAGGUCAACAGACUAAACAAAGAAUGGCUAAAAAACAAGAAGAAGCCGAAAGAAUGAUGACAGGGCCUUCCUCUGGGUGGCAAGACGGGCCAGGUAUGAGCAGUUUAGGUCCCUUCUUCUCAAUGGACCAGUGCAUGGAAGUGAACUGUGAAGUAGUCUGCCCAUUGGAUGGCAGCUGUAUUAAGUGCCACUGAAACAAAAUAAGAUUUUCCGUGCUGGUGACGUCUACAUAUUUCAUAAAGUCCGAUCCAUUUUCCAUUGUAGUCCCAGCUGUACCUUUAUCACAGCAUUAAAUCAAAAUUAUUUCAUUACAUUUUAAAUAUAAACAGGUGCAGCUUAGCACAUUUCAUUUUAGAUAUAAACAGGUGCAGCUUAGCACAUUACAUUUUAAAUAUAAACAGGUGCAGCUUAGCACAUUUCAUUUUAAAUAUAAACAGGUGCAGCUUAGCACAUUUCAUUUUAAAUAUAAACAGGUGCAGCUUAGCACAUUACAUUUUAAAUAUAAACAGGUGCAGCUUAGCACAUUACAUUUUAAAUAUAAACAGGUGCAGCUUAGCACAUUUCAUUUUAAUUUUAUCUGCUUUAAAAAAAAAAGUUAAUAAAAUGGUGCCUGCAAAUUGAAGGGGGAAAAAAUUGAUGCUUUGCUUAUAUUUUUUUGUUGAUUUAUUGAUAUUGUUUACAUCUGAGUCAUAUUUCCCCCACAUUUUCUCAAUCAUAUUAAAGCAAUGUUUUUAAUAUCAGAGUGUGACUUAUUAUGGUAAAGCUGAGUCAGGCCAGAUCUGAUGGAAAUGUUAUGCCAGAGUCAGCUAGAAUUGAUACACUAAGGAUGUUAAAAUUUAGAUUUUUUGCAAUCACUGUAAAUAUUUUCUCCUCAUGGUUAAUUUAAGGAAUAAAAUAGUAUAAAAGGAACCAAUUACAUUUAGAAAUGUACAUUUUUCUUUUUACUCUCUCUCUCUCUCUCUCGCACUCUCUCUCACACUCUCUCUCACACUCUCUCUCUCUCUCUCUAUAUAUAUAUGGUUACCGGAAAUUUGAUGGAAAGAAAUUUCGUCGACGGUAAAUUGAUCGACGGUAAUUUGAUCGAACAGAAAUUUGGUCAAAUCUUUUUUCCGUUCGCACGUUGAAAUUUUCGUCAAAUUUCUUUUUGAAGGCACUAUACUAUUUAGUAAAACAAAAUAAUUCGUUCAAAAAGAAAUUUGAUGCAAAAUUGUUACGUAAAAAUUGAAAAGAAGAUUCGACCUAAUUUCCGUUCGAUCAUAUUACCGUCGACCAAUUUACCGUCGACGAAAUUUCUUUCGAUCAAAUUUCUGGAUACGCCUCUAUAUAUAUAUAACAUACAAGAGUAUGUUCUGUAUUCUAAUUAAUUUUUUUUUAACAGAAUGCUCUUAAAGGAAUUUAUUAAAAAUAUUUACCAUUAUUUAUAGGCAUUGAUAUUUUUGGUGUACCUUGUUCUAAUAGUUAAAUAUUUAAAUAUGUUUUUAAUUAAAUAUGUUUUUAAAUUCUAGAAACUAUUGAAGGAUUUCCACCACGACCACCUUUCCGUGGUCCAUCACCACAUGGCUUUAUGAGAGGACCACAGCCUGGCAUGAAUCCUCAAGGGCCUCGACCACCAUUCUUCCCCAACUUCAUGCCCAGACAACCUCUUUCAGAGCAAUAUGUAGGCUCCCCUCAGGUAACAGCUUUCUCUUCAACUCACUUUAUCAUUUUCAUUCAACAAAAAUUAGGUUUUAAAAAUUGUCAUCAGCAUGUUGUCAAUGAUAAAGCUUAAUUUAAAAAUUUGUUUAAUUAAAUUAAUGGGAAGCCACAAGAACAUAAUCAGCUCAAUCUAGAAAAGUGGUUCUUAAUCCUUUUUGCUGACGCUUAAAAAAGCAAUAAUUUUGGAGUAUGGGUAUUCACUUGUAAUUGUUGUGCACCGAAUAUCGUGUUUUAUUAAUAAGGUGUGUCGUGUGUUUUUGUGUUAAUGAACGCCUUUUGGCUUAUGACUUUGGUGACUAUAUUUAUUGUAAGCUGUGUCUAUAGUCUGUGUUUGGUGUACAUGCCAUUCGUUUGGCAGUUGGUGAGAGACCAUUGUAAAUAAAAAGUUGUCCUAUAUUCUUCUACUUAAAGCUGCAUUAUACAUGUGUUUGAUUCAUAGUGUACAGCUUGAUAUAUAUAUUUCUGGAAUAAAAUUUACAUUGCUAUUUGAAAUGGGAUUUGUGUUCAGUUUGUUUAUAAGUCAUACAUAUGUUAGUUUGCCUUUUUUUUUUUAACAACAGGAGGCAAUGAUUGCAGAUCAGCGCACACCAUACCAUUUACAGAUGAGUGAAUCGCCUGGUCCACCUGGAACACCCAUUCAAGGGCCCCUUCAUAUGGUCAACUUGCCUCCAUAUCCAUCAGCUCAGACACAACAGCAACAGCAGCAACCCAUGCAGCAACCGCCUCUCUCCUUGACACCAUCAGGAGUUGCUGGAGAAGGCCAUCCAAGCAUGGCCAGACAUGUACCUGCGUCUCAACAGAGUGGAGAAGAUGAGAUAUUUUCAGGUCAGUACCCAGGGGUAUUAACAACAGAUUUGUUAAUUUGGAGUCAAAAGUCGUAAAAAUUUCUCAGAUCUAAAUGAUCUAUGUUCCAAAGAAUUGCUGUAAGUUUAAAAUUCACCCAUAAAAUCAACUUGGUUUUGUAGCCAUUUUGUAUUGCAAUAUUGUGUUCAAAUUAAAAAAAUGUUGACUGAAGCUUUGCAAAAUGUCAUGCUGUCACAUGAUGGUAAUAACUUUAACCUCGUGGUCAUUAUGUCACAGGUCCUGUAAGCCCACAAGCAUCAACAUCAAAGACACCAGUACCAGAAGACAGCACAGCUGUGGUUGAACCAGACACUUUGUUGGAAGGGAUUGAUGAGAAAGGCACAAAACCUUCUCUCUCAUCUGAAGAAGAUAAAAAUGAAGAUGAUGACUUACUAAGUAAGUAUAUAGAUUGCCACAUUAAAGAAAAUUACUCAGAAAUGUAGUCUUUGUAAAUUUUUCAGCCUUAUUUUUAACAAUUGUGAACCUAAUAACUUGAGAUUAUACUGCACAAACUAGUUUUUUUGUUUUUUUUUUAAAGUAGAGAGAAGUUUAAAUAACAAAACAAAGCACUGAUAAUUUCAGUUAAGGACCAUUUUUGUUUCUCUUUUUUAUGUCACUGCACAAUGUCUCUGUGGUAAAAAUGACUUGUAACUGGGACCUAUCAGUGCUGUGUUUUGUCUUAAAUAUAUGUGGUGAAUAAGUCACUAUUAUCUCCUUUCUUGAAGCUCAUGUAUUCAAGGCUAAGACUUAUUGAUUUACCAGCUGAUUAAAGAAUAUGUAAUUUUCCUAAAACUUAGGUUGAGUUUUAUUUGAAACAGACACAAAUUAAUAUUGAGGAAACAUUUUGAACAAAGAAAAUUUGUUAUGUUAACAUUACCAGUAUCAAUUUCCUUAAAAUUUCUUUUUUCCUUUUUUUAAACCUUACCCCACUUCUCUCUUUAUUUCUUUAAUUUUAACAAAUCUUUAUCCCCCAAAUCAUCAAACCUAGAAUGGUUUUCCCCAGGCGCCGAUGGAACAUUUGACAUUCUUAAGUACGCUGACCCAGAUCUGGACUUGGAUUUGGAUGACAAAAUGUUUGAACAUUUGGAUUUCAUCGAUGAGAGUCAUGCUGGGGACCCCAAGAAAUCUGACCAGGAUAAAUCAGAUGACGUGUGAGUAUCAUUUCUUGUAACUGAAGUUUUAAAAAGAUAUCAUUUUACCAUGCAUUUUUUAAAUCUUAAGCAAUAAUAAUAUAAUUUCAUAUUAUUGAACUGUGAUUUUUUUUAAUAGGAUACUGAGUUUUGUAUGGCAGACCUGUUUACCCUCAAACUCUUAAAAUCGUACAAUAUCAUCACAAAAUCAUUCCAUACAUUAUCUUAAUAGUAAAAUAAUAAAAUACAGUAUAGAUAAUGUAUACACCUCAAAAUCGUACAUUGUACGCCAAAAUCGUAAGAGUAAACAGGUCUGGUAUGGUCUUUUAAAUUUCCCAUCCCUGUUAAUAGAUUUCAUAUAAUAAAAAGAUUAUCUUACAAUGAAUUAUUUGUAAUAUAGCCAUAAUUUCAUGGUGAGAUACACAUGUCUAGAUGAAACUUAACAUUGAAUGCUCUAUGGCAGUGGUUACCAAACUGUUGAUACUGCUUGGCACAAAUUAUAUUGACAGUGGCUGAAAACUGCAAAAUAUGUACUUUUCUCUCAAUAUUUAACAGUAUAUUAACAAUAAAUCGUAUCCAGGAAUAUAUUUUUUGAAUUAAUUACGAGAACACCUUAUUUUAUAUAAAUAGUUUUAAUAUAAUUUGUUUAAUCCAGAUGUAUGGUCAAAUAUUAUAUGGCAAUGUUUAUUUUUAGACUCGUUUUUAGCUCCGUUAUUUGUAUUUAAAAAAAAGUAGGAAAGAAAAUAACUUUGCAAAAUAAAAGCCUAUAAAUUUCAUGAGCUUUAUCUGCUUCAGUUGAUUAUUUAAAUAAUCUAUUUUUUAAUACUUUUUUUUAGAGAUGAGUGGGGGUAAUAGACAUAUUGGGGGGGGGGGGGGCACUCAUACAUAAAAAGUCUAAGCAAGGGGUAGGGAAUAAUAAUUUUAAAAAAGUUUGCUCUAUGGUAAUAAAAUUAGAAAUGUUACAAUUUUACUACAGAACACAAAAGCCUAUAAAUUUCAUGAGCUUUAUCUGCUUCAGUUGAUUAUUUAAAUAAUCUAUUUUUUAAUACUUUUUUUUAGAGAUGAGUGGGGGUAAUAGACAUAUUGGGGGGGGGGGUGCACUCAUACAUAAAAAGUCUAAGCAAGGGGUAUGGAAUAAUAAUUUUAAAAAAGUUUGCUCUAUGGUAAUAACAUUAGAAAUGUUACAAUUUUACUACAGAACACAGCAAUCCAUGUUAAUUGAAAAUGCAGCUUACGGGCAAUUGUUGAUUUAAGUCUUAAAUGUUAACUCAUGCAGCAAGGAUGAAGUGAAAGAAGAGAAAGAUGGAGAUGGUUCAAAGACCAGAAGCUCAGCUGACUUCCAAGCCCAGUUUUUGGAAUUUAGCCAAAAACAGAAAUCUGAAGCCAAUAAAGAUAAAGAAGAUGGGGAUGCAAUGAAGACAGCAGAAGAGAAAGAGAAGGAGAAGACAGAGGUUGGCCAGAUUGCAGCAAUGUUGCAGGGAACAGAAGCAAUGACUGCCAGGUAGGUAUUUGGUAAAAAACACAUUUUUGUUUAAUAUGAUUGUGGAUUAGCUAACAAAUUGGCUAAUUAAUUAGCUAAUGUGGAUUAAUCCUAUCAUAUAUAAGCUAUUGAUUAAUACACAUAAUUAAAAAUAUUUCAGGCAUACAAAAAAUUCUGAAGAUUUAUUUACAGAAUCAGAUGAUGCUAAGAUUUUUUCUCAUUCAUUAAUAAAUAUUGUAUGGCUUGAUAGAAUAAAUGUAUUUGUUGGUCUAACAUUGGCUUCCUCUUGACCAAGGAGUCAGUGGGUUCAAAUUAGUCCAGAGUUGUUGUCACAGCCAGAUUACACGAUGUAGUUCUUCUGUGUCAGGUCGUAAUGUUCGUGAUAUUAUGUGAGUGAAUGAUGGUAUUUUUUUCCUAUUGUAAUUUCCCCAUUAAUCACGAAUUUAACUCGGCCACCACACCUGAGUGUUGUUAAAAAAAAACGUGUUAAUGACGCUAUAUACAUAUUUGUGAGGGAUAGUGAGUUUUAUUUUUUUUUUUAGAUAGGAAUGAAUUUAUAUUUUUGGAUUGGCAAUUAUCAUAUUUUCGCUAGGAGUUCUGUUCCUAUUUUUUUUUAUAGAAUGUGUAGGAUUUUCGGACACCUAUUUUAUGCUUAACAGCAGUGAUAUUUUUUAUGCAUUUUCAACUGUCAUGCAUGCGAAGCCAGUAAUAAAGAAACCCAAACCUUUCCACCACUUUUUGUUAUUUAAAUCAUGCAACACAUGAGCUCUGCAGGGGCUAGGACAGCGUUUCUCAACCUGUGGGUCACGACCCGUUUGUGGUCGAACGACCCUUUCGCAGGGGUUGCCAAAGACCAUUGGAAAACACUUAUACUGAACAGUUAUGAAGUAUCAACGAAAAUAAUUUUGUGGUUAAGGGUCACCACAACAUGAGGCACUGUAUUGAAGGGUAGCGGCAUUAGGAAGGUUGAGAACCACUGGGCGAGGAGGUCAUACAACACAUGAGCUCUGCAGGGGCUAGGAGGUAAUGCAACACAUGAGCCCUGUAGGGGCUAGGAGAUCAUACAACGCAUGAGCUCUGAAGGGGCUUGGAGGAUUGAUUUUUUUUUUCUGUGGCCAUAACAAAGGGUCCCAACCUUUACACAGCAUUCUUUUCACCACAGUUGUCUCAUUAGGCAAUUAUGUCUCAUUAGGCAAUUAAGUUAACUAUUCUUGUGAGGAGGAAACACUGGGUAAAACUCAGCAGGUCAUUUACAGCUGAGAAAGUUUUUUUAAAAAGCAUUUUAAUCUAACAUAUGAGAAAAUUGUUUUUAUCGCUUUUGUCUCUAUUAAUAUUUUUUCUAUGACUUUUUUCAGGCUGACGGGCGGAGAUUCAAGUGGAG